AUGGAUAAUUCUAAUGAGCGUGAUUUAGUUAUCAACAAUGCUAUACAACAAUGCUGUGAUAUUAUAUUUUCCUCUUCGUCUGAUGACAGUGAAGAUGACGGCAAUGAAUAUGAAUAUGUAGUACAUUGUUUAGAAAGUAUAGAAACUAAAACUGCAAUACCCAUGUUGCAAAAUUAUGUUGAAACGAUCGUACCACUAUUCAAUGAUGGCCAAUUCAAAGCUCAUUCCAGAUCAAUUUGUGAAAAAUUUGAUGUGGGGCGGGCAACUGCAUUAAGAUGUAUCAGAAGAGUCAUUGUUGCUUUGGAAAUUUUGACACCAGCUUUCAUAACUUGGCCAAGCGAGGAAAAAGCUGAGGAAAUUAAAAAUGGAUUUUUCUCUACCAGCACUUUUCCAAAUGUGCUUGGUGCAAUUGAUGGGACACAUAUUAACAUUCCUGCACCUCAUGACCACCAAGAAGCUUAUGUUAAUAGAAAAGGAUACCAUUCAAUUCAAUUAAAAGCCGUGUGUGAUAAUAAAUUUUGUUUUAUUCAUUGCUAUGCUGGGAAUGUUGGUUCAGUACACGACCAACGGGUUUUCAGAUUAUCUGAACUGAAAAAUUACCUUGAUGACCCAACUAAAUUUCCUAGUAACACUCAUUUGAUUGGUGAUGCCGCUUAUACAUUACAUGAACAUUUACUAGUACCAUACCGUGACAAUGGGCAUUUAACUCAAAAGCAAAAGAACUUUAACUUUUGUCAUUCCUCUACCAGGAUGGCAAUUGAACGUUCUUUUGGUUUCCUUAAAGGGCGAUUUCGAAGUCUUCUGACAACCUUAGAUAUGGAACGUGUACACGAAACCCCACCUGUGGAUGUUAAUGUACAAGUGAGAGAGUUGGUUGCAAUUAAUCAUCAAGGAGAAAUUAAGAGGGAUAAUAUUUGUGAUAAACUACCUCUUCGACAUAUAUAG